AUGCCAGCGAGGAACAACCGCUUUCGCACGCGAGAGCCAUUCCAGCAUGACGCCAGAUUGACGCUGCGACACGCUGAAGGGCCCUUUCGCUUCCUCAAUCCAACACGAGCCCAUUUCGACCACUCCGCAUUCUCAUCUCCAGGGUUGUCCCCCGACGAGACAAAGACACCACACGAGAGCGGCGACGAUGUCGAAGCUACAGCAACUGCUGAUACUCGGCACGACCAGUCGUCAAAAGAAGAAGCCAAUGCAGACGUCCCCGCGAAAAACAUCAGGUUCCUAUGGCGGUCGCGAGAUAAUCGCAAGGGCCGGCAUGCCUUGCUCGUCCAGCGGCCUCUUCCCGGGGAAGAUGCGCCUUUCGUGACGCCGAGGCGGACGUCGCAUCCCCGAGAGAUCUUGAAAACGGUCGUCAGAACGUUUGUGUGUUAUCCGGUCUGGGACAUUUCCUGGCUCGUGGCCUUUAUCUUUACGUGGGGAAGCAUAGUCUGGGUCAUCAACGGCUUCUUCGUCUGGCUCCCCGUGGAGGCCCCCUCGACCGAGUUCGACGGCGAGACAACGACGGCUGCCGGCGUGACGGCCUUUAUCGGCGCCAUUGUCUUCUUCGAGGUUGGCUCCAUCCUACUCCUCUUCGAGGCUAUCAAUGCCAACCGAUCGGGCUGUUUCGGCUGGGCUGUCGAACAGCUCGUUGAGAAGAAUGGGAGCAGCAGCGGUGGCGGCAACAGCAAGCCCCGGCUCCGGGUUGUCGCGAAUCGCCAUCACUGCCACCAUCACCACCAGAACCGACGCAAUUUCGUAGGCAAGCGUUCAGCCGCCACCUCGCUCGAAGCUCAACCGACCUCCGAUGGAGCUCAAGAGGAGAAGAGUUGGCAGUGGUUUCCUUCCUGGCAUGAAUUGCGCACGCACUAUAUCCACGAGCUGGGCUUCCUCGCCGGUGUCGCGCAGUUCCUAGGCGCUACUGUUUUUGGAGUGUCUGGGUUCACGGCGCUGCCUGGCAUCAACGACCAUCUCACGCCUCAAUGGAGACUGAACGCCGCGUACUGGAUCCCGCAGGUCAUUGGGGGCAGCGGCUUCAUUGUCAGCAGCACGCUGUACAUGCUGGAGACGCAGCAGAAGUGGUGGAAGCCCGCGCCCCAGCUGCUGGGGUGGCAGAUUGCCUUUUGGAAUCUCGUCGGGGCGUUUGGAUUCACGCUGUCUGGGGCGCUGGGGAUGGCGGCCAAUAACUCGGGGGCGCAGUACGAGGCUGGCCUGGCUACGUUCUGGUGAGUUCUUUGCAUUUUUGGUUUUUUUUUUAAAUCUGGAGAAGAGGUGUGGCCGUUUUGCUGACUUUAUUCG